AUGGGCUUCUCCAUAUCGUUACUUUGGAAGGCGCCUGAGGUCAACCCAUUCAACCACAAGGCCCGAUCAGUACCCGUCUUUAAUCCCAUCAACAAGUAUGGGAGGGUGUUUUUCUUCUCGUGGUUUGGUUUCUUACUCGCGUUCUGGUCGUGGUAUGCCUUUCCACCACUCCUCCACGAUAUCAUCGCCAAAGAUCUAGGCCUUACCCAGAUUCAAGUCAGCAACUCUAACAUCAUCGCUCUGGUUGCGACACUCCUUGUUCGCCUGGUGGCAGGACCGGCCUGUGAUCGCUUCGGGCCACGCAAGACGUUUGCAGGAUGUCUACUCAUUGGCGCUAUCCCAACAUUCCUCUCCGGCACAGCAUACAACGUCCAUCAACUCUACGCACUACGCUUCUUCAUCGGCAUUCUCGGUGGUAGUUUCGUACCAUGUCAGGUGUGGACGACCGGUUUCUACGACAAGAACAUCAUCGGCACAGCCAACUCCCUGACAGCGGGUCUAGGUAAUGCCGGUGGAGGCAUCACAUACUUCGUCAUGCCCGCCGUGUACGAGAGCCUUAUCAGCGAUGGUCUCACACCACAUACCGCGUGGCGUGUUGCAUUCAUGGUCCCCGGCGUCCUGAUAGUGGCUGUAGCGCUUGCUUUACUGUUCCUCUGCCAGGACACACCCACCGGCAAAUGGUCAGAGCGCCAGACAGCAACGAUCGACACCACCCAGCAAUCACAAGUCGGCACCAUCGUCGACCUCCCCACCAGCACCCCUGACUCCCAGCACGCCUCCGGCACCUCAACACCCCAACACGGCCUCAUCCUCGACGAAAAAGACGAAAAGCACCUCCACAACUCCACCACCAAAGACCCCGAAUCCCAAACCGGCUCCAGUCAAAUCCUCUCCACCGCCAACCUCGAAACCAUCCAAAACCCCUCCCUCAAAACCAUGGCGCAAAUCGCCAUCUCCCCUCAAACCCUCGUCGUAGGCGCCUGCUACUUCUGCUCCUUCGGCGCCGAACUCGCCAUCAACUCCAUCCUCGGCACAUACUACGGCGUCCAAUUCACAUCCCAGAACCUCAGCCUGCAGCAAUCGUCCAACUGGGCGGCGAUGUUUGGACUGAUGAAUGCGUUGUUUCGACCGUUGGGAGGGGUUGUGAGUGAUUAUGCGUACAAGGCGAGUGGGCAGAAUGUUUGGAGUAAGAAGAUUCUUCUGCAUACGUAUAACAUCAUCGCGGGUGCGUUCUUGUUGGCGAUUGGGGUGACGGGUCCGACGGAUCUGGCUACACUGGUGUGUCUGGUUGGGAUCGGGUUUGCGUUUUUCCUUGAGGGUGCGAAUGGGUUGAACUUUUCGCUGGUGCCGCAUGUGCAUCCCUAUGCGAAUGGUGUGGUGUCGGGGUUCACGGGGGCUUGUGGAAACCUUGGAGGUAUUAUCUUCGCGAUCAUCUUUCGGUAUGAGGGCAAGGACUAUGCGAAGAGUAUUUGGACUAUUGGGGUGAUUAUGGUUGCGAUCAAUUUAGCGGUUUGUUGGAUUAAGCCGGUGGCGAAGGCGAGGCCUGGGCUGUAA